AUGUCAAACAGUAGUGGUAGUGAAGAUUCUACUAUACCUAUUAAUAUUCCAUCAACUCGUCAUCGACGAAGGGGAACUGGGAAUUUGUCAAAUAUCACACAUUCUCUAGCCGGUACUUUACAAUCAUGGACAGGGAACUACAGUCUUACCGCGAGUACGUACAUGUCCAACAACAUUGCGGUUCCUGCCUCCUUUAUUGAAGAUAAUUUGGAACCAACCGUAACCGUACAUGGGCCCGGAUCUCAUUUCUCGCACAUUGCUUAUGGACAAACUCAACAAUUUCCUUCAUAUUACUCACCUGGAAGAAGUACGCAGCAGUACGGAUCAUUCCUUGCGCCAAGUAUCGUUCCAAGUCUUCCUACUCUAUCAGAAGACGGCGCAAUUCCAAUCAGACGAGGUCAAACGGAUUACGACCCUGGCGAUUAUCUUGGAACAUCAUAUACAAAUAACCGUCACACUUCAAUGUGGAGAAAUUCGGCAAAUGAGAUUAAUCAAGGAUCUAGGAGGCCAUCGAGAAUCUCAGAACAAACCACUCCGCUUGUACGAACUAUUUCAAGAAGUUCGUUUACUUCUAUUCCAAUUUCGGUUGUACAAGACAUAAGGCAUGAAGAUUCAUACGUUGGUUCAAAUUUCCGUCAAUCAAUCUUCAACUCUUGCAACAUUUUAAUCGGGAUCGGCAUUUUAGCGUUGCCGCUCGGAUUUCGCUAUGCAGGAUGGAUAAUUGGAUUAUCAUUGUUCAUGUUUUGUUUGGGGGUGACGAAUUAUACGGCAAAAGUACUAGCGAAAUGUCUAGAUUAUGACGAAGGACUAUAUACAUAUGCGGAUAUGGCGCGGCUUGCUAUUUCGAUAUUAUUUUCAUUGGAAUUGAUUGCAUCGGCGACAGCAUUGGUCAUUUUAGUCGGAGAUUCAUUACAUACAAUAUUUCCGGACACAUCGAUAAUCCUGUUAAAAGUGAUUGCAUGGACGAUUAUGACUCCAUUGACGUUCAUCGCCAUCAGAUAUCUAUCGUAUUUCUCACUACUUGGUAUCAUGAGUGCUUUUUCUUUGGUGACCGUUAUCGUAAUUGAUGGAUUUACCAAGCAUGAAAGGCCUGGAAGUUUAAUUGAUCCCAUGAAAACCGAAUUAUGGCCGGUUGCUUGGGCUUCUUUGCCAAUGAGUUUUGGUUUAAUAAUGGCUGGAUUUACAGGACAUGCUGUGUUUCCAACGGUAUAUAAGGAUAUGCGAAAUCCAAAACAAUAUCCGAGAAUGGUCAAUAUAACGUACACCACGACGACUUUUGUGUAUCUUCUUUUGGCAGUGUGCGGUUACCUAAUGUUUGGUAAUAACACCAUGCAAGAGAUAACGCAAAAUAUAAUGUCCACGGAAGGGUAUUGGCGUCCUCUGAAUCAUUUCGUGAUUUGGCUGGUGGCAAUCAAUCCGAUAGCAAAGUACGCGUUAACGCUCAACCCUAUAAAUUUGACCCUGGAAUUAUCUUAUAAUUUAAAUCCGGAAAUAGAAGAGUGGUGUAAUUCUGGUCGGGGAAGACGUACGGCCUUAAAAAUGUUAUCAAGAAUUUUAGUAUCAACGUUGGUGGUAUUUAUUGCAAUUCGUUUUCCUGGUUUCGAUAGAGUUAUGGGGGUUUUGGGAAGUUUCUUUUCAUACAUGAUUUCUGCCAUCUUCCCAUGUGUAUGCCACUUAAAAUUGUUUGGAGACACGUUAAGUCGGAAAGAAUAUGCGUUGAAUGUGACAAUUAUUAUUAUUUGUAGUAUAUUAAGUACUUUUGGAACAAUAUGGGCUUUCUUACCUACCGAUCAUGUAUAA